AUGGCAUCUCUAGCAACCACCUCUGAACUGAUAGAGGACUCCACAAUUGACAGUUUGGAAAAUACCCAAGACUAUGCCCCUACCCCUUUUGCAAUUCAAUUUAUCAAUGUUGGAGAUGACCUUCCUUCAGCAUUGCUACAAGUUUUGUCAUUUCAGAAAAUGCAGAACAAUAGAGAUGAUACUGACAGACAUAAAUUAGUGUUAUCUGAUGGCACAUACAUGCAGUUAGCAAUCUUGCCUUCUAAAUAUGCUAUUCUGAUAGAUUCAGAUAUUCUAAAAAUAGGCACAAUAGUCCAGUUAUCGAGUUAUACAUGCAGAUACAUAUGGAACACGAGAUAUCAUUCCAAUACAAGGAAAGAUGGCAGUCAAACACAAAAGCGAGUUGUCAAAAUUAAUGAUCUGUCUGGAUCAACAAUUGAGAUCAACCUAAGGGGUCCAAUGGCAGAACAAAGAGGCCUAGAAUUGAAAAACAUGUUGACCAGUGAUAGUGUUGUUAUCAUUGCUUUACUUAAUGCUUGCGUUGGCUAUUUCAAUGGAAAGCUUAUAAACAUAACAGCUGCCACAACGUUACAUAUCAACCCACCUUUUCUAGAGGCAGAACCUCUAACAUUAAGAGGAAAGGACCCUUUGCUUGUUGCAACCUUUGUUCCAGAAACUAUCCACACAAAUGGGAAAUAUAGUAGAAUGACUAUUUCUUCAAUCCAUGAGAGGAUGAGUAUCAAACCAGAAACAAUUCAGACUACUUUGCUGGUUGUUCUACGUUUUGUAAACGUAACUAAUAAAAGUUUCUAUUAUGCAGCUUGUCCACUAAUAGUCAAUGGAAGGCCUUGCAAAAAAAAAUGUACACAGCAAGCUGACGAUUCUUGGUUUUGCCCUAGAUGUGAAAUGAUCAUGCAAGACUGCAACUAUAGUUACCUCUUGCAAGUAAAGUUACAAGAUUCCACAGGUACUCUUUGGGCCACUGCAUUUGAUGACGUUGGCAUUAGCUUGCUACAAAAAACUGCAAAAGAGCUUUGUGCACUGGAAAAUGAUGCAACAACAACAAAAACACCUUGCUCAGUGAUUAACAGGCUUCUGUCACAUCACUAUUUAUUCACACUCCUAGUGUCCACUGACACAUACAAUUCUUAA